AUGGUGGACAAGGUACCGCACAUUUGGAGGCUAGGUUGGCGAGGCAUUGAGAUCAAGCUUUGCCUGGGACCUUCUUCAAGGGAUCCCGAGUUCGCCAUCAUGAAAGCGUGGACGGAAUGCAACUUAGCCGAUGCGGCGGAAGACGUCCACCGAGCGGCGAGGCAAUGCUAUCACGAACCCGUGGAGGCCUUUAUGGAGGCUUUGAUGCCCGUGAAUGAUCCAACCCCGGAGGGGCAGCCAGAGGAUGAGGAUGACCUCCAGGAGCCACGACGUUCCUUUGCCAGCUGGUUAGACCAAAGGCCCGCAGUGGCCGCGGUGACAGAGGCCUCAGAAAGCUUGGCCUGGGACGUGCCCCUGACGCGCGACGACAAGACGGAGCUGUUGAUCCAGCACCUGAUGGCACAAGAGGGACAAAACCACGAGGAGAUUGAGGAGCUUCAGCAGGCCCAAGUGGACCCGAGCCGACGCUCCAGUCGACGCUGGUCCCGCGCCAGUCGCGCCUCCAGUGGUGGCUGGUCCCCUCUGAGUCCUUAG